AUGGGAAUCGGUACUCAUGCUGUCACAACUAAGCCGCAGCCGCCGAUCUUGCUCUUGGAUGGUGUGGGGAUCUUGAAGAAUGGGUCGAAGGUCGGUCCUUUCAAAGAAGGAACUGAAAUCUCCCUUCGCUGCGAAUCUCGGGGCGGAAAACCCGUUCCUAAGGUUUCCUGGCUCAACGGGACUUCGCAAAUAUACGGCAGCAAGCAAUGGAUGUUGCUCUCCGGGCUUAAUUCAAUAACUGCGCUGGAUAUGAACUUCUUGCUUGAUGCUGCCAGCCUGGCUUCACCCCCCGGCGGGACCGAUGGAUCUUUGCACAUUUGCGAUGCCGUGCAUUUGGCAUUUCGGCGGGGUAAAUCGGUAGUAUGGGGAAACUUUGCGUUGCUCGUUGCUCGGCGCCUUGAAUAUCGCUCGUUGGCGUCUCUUGUGCCACUUGGCCAAGUAUAA